AGCGGCAGAUAGAGAAACCAGAGUUGUUAUUUCACCAAAAGAAAAUAUUUCUGAAAAUAAUAUGACAAAGAAAAGAUUAGAAAGUAUAAAGAACCGACCUAAAGAGUUAGAGCCUAAUCACAUAAGAAUGAGACCCAAACCGCACAUAGCGCAAGAUAUAACCUAG